AUGCCGCUCAUGCUUGACAGCAGCAGCAUGAAUGGACCCAUGCAAGUCGACCAGCUCGACGUCGACGACCUCUUUGGCGAAGGUGUUGGUCUAUCGCUCUCGAAUGCCCGCACACCGAGCAAGCAGCUCUAUCAACGUGUGGAUGAUCUCCGGACCCGGGGUUGCUGCCAGGCCAUUGCUUGGUCGAAAUCGGGCGUCAUUGCCUCCAUCUCCCCCGACGGAAAAUCCGUUCAGGCGAGGGUCCCGCGUGCCGACCCAGCAGACGGCUCUUGGGCCCUCAGCGAACCCACCACCAUCGACCUCAUCACCGCCACCUCCUCCAACCCCAUCGUUCACCUGGCUUGGGCCCCCACCGCCGCCCACGAGCUCGCCGUAAUCGAUGCCACCGGUCGUGUUGCCAUCGUCGCCUUCACCGGCGCUCUCAAUCGCCCCUAUCCUACGCGCAAGUGGGACGACGACCACGUCGAUGACCUCCACGCCGUCGUCGGCUGCUUCUGGCUUAACCUUGCCUCACAGCACAAGAACUAUCAUGUGGUGCAUGGCCCAGCGGUGAAAGAUGCCACUGGAUAUCGCUACGAAAGCUCUUUUGUGCACGCCUUUGGCCCAUGGCACCCGAAUCCCACUAGGAGUGCUCUUCUUUGUGUUACUGCCAACGGUCUUCUGAGACUUUAUUGGAUGCAGAGUGGCAGUAACAGGUUUGAAGAAACCACCAUGGAACUGGAGAGCCUCAGUUCGUCCGACGACCUCAUCACCCAUGCGUCAUUACAUAGCGACAGGAAUCAGAUAUUCAUCGCCCUAGCCACGGCUUCGAGGCAGCUCCGGUUACUGCGUGUGACAAUAUCGUGGGGCAUCCCUCAGUCGGACGGCAAGGUACCUCCCGGAGCGCAGCCUCUGAACCCGACCAUGCAUGCUAAGCACCUCGCUGUGUCUACCUGGAUGCCUGGGCUUUCUGGAGUUACCCCUUGCGAUCCCUUCAUGACGCAGCUAUCCCACAUCGAACUCCUACCUUCUCAAAUGGACAGCCCCGGUCAGCCAUGGGCUCCCAUUAAUGUUCUCGUCGUCCGCACUUACCUACCCGCGCUCAACGCUCCUUACCAAGAGACGCAAACUAUCAUCGAUCGGUGGGAACUGACCCAUGAGCCGCCUCCCGCCUUACAUCCUGCGUUUGAACAAAUGAGCAGUCGCACAAAUCACGACACGACGCCGGCAGACAAGGACCCGAACUGCCUUCAGAAACUCGAUCCAAUUAUCAUCAACAAUAAAAUCCUCAUCGGCAUGCACACCAUAAACUUCGGGAAACGCCUCUGUCUAGCUUUUAGCGACGGGUCUAUCGAGUACCGAGACAGGUUUACGUUGCAGGAGACGUAUAACGAGACCAAUCUAGACAGGGUCAUGACCCUUCAUCAAGCGGGCCUCACGUUCGCGGAAGAAUCGCCCUGCUUACAGGCAGCCCUGUCACCAACAAACUGUUCUGUCGCCCAAAUGCUCGAAGACGGUCGCGUCAAGUGGAACAGGCUCCAUUAUCCCAUGGAUAAUAUCGGUGACUCGAACCAGGAUGCUACGUACGCCGCCGUCAUCGCGGCGCUGACCGUGGCAGCAUCCGCGGCUACUUUCUACCAUGUUAAUUGCGAUGAUAUUCUCGCCGUGGCAAGGCCAUACGCCGAAAAGAAGAACUUUACCCGGGACUGGGUCAAUGAAAUCGUACGAAUGCUCAAAGUCCCUGUCGACUACUCGGAAGAAACCCAGAACGACAACCCCGUGCGGAAUCACUCGCUGCAGCUGUGCUUGAGCAUCAUCAAUCACAUGGGUUUUCGAGGGGAAUUCAAACCGCGGUCUUUCAGCGGCAAGUUCGCGCUCUUGUCGCUCAAUAUUAGGAACACCAUCAUCCUCAUCACGUUCGCCAUCAACACGCCAAGCAACAUGCGUGAGAAACUGAGCCCCCUGGAUGAACAUGAGGUCGUCGACGCCCUGAGCGGUUGCGUGAAGUGGUCUCUCGACGUGAUCUCCUACCUCGUCGACUCUCUCUACUCCCUUCUCCAGGAACCCCAAUUCAUGGACCUCCUCCAACCGUCACGCUUCAACGAGGUCUCGUCCUACAUUCAGUCACAAUCCAACCCGGCCCUUCAACUUCUCCUAUGCUCCUCCUCCCGCGGGUUCUUGUCGUCAGUCUGCCGCCGCGUGCUCCACAUGGAAGCCCUUUCCAACAAGGCCAUCGAGUUCUACGACCGCCGGGCUGCCAUACAAAACGCCAACGAUCCGUCCAGCCACUCCAAGCUCCCCCACGAGCUCCACAGGGCAUACCAGAAGUUGCACCAGAUCACGUCCAGCAGUCUCGUCAAGGUCCAGGAGGUUGAACGGCUCCUCAACACGUUCACUAGCGACGUCCGGGUCUCGUACCAGUCGGCCUUCGCCAGCCUGGCGGCGCAGCACCACAAGAAGGAAGGCGGGAAUGCACCGGAGCAGAAACACAUGGAGGCCCAGAUUAAGAGCGCACAGUUUCACGCCGAGUUGAACAUACUACUGAGCGGCCAGCCGCCGCCGCCCUUCCUCCCCGUAUUGCGCAAGUUCUUCACCCAGGACCUCCCCGCCCUCAAGACCCAGACCGACCCGGCCAAGCUCUUCUUCGCGGAUUUCAGCCUCCUCGAGAUACAGGACUCGAAGCGGACGUUGGAGGCCCGGCGAGCUGCCCGGCGGUACGUGGACGUGUUCCGGCGCGUCGAGAUCACGCCGCCCGCCAGCCUAACAACGCCUCCUUCUCCUACACCUGCUCCGUCGCAACAAGGGCUGAACCAUCAAGAGGGCAAGGGAGACGAGGCGUCCAAGGAUGCCACGCCGCAGUGGAGGAGGUGUGUGCGGUGCGCUGCGGUCAUGGAGGAUGUGGCUGGUGUGCGGGCAGGCUUCAUGUUCGUCAUGUCCCAGCAGAGGCGCUGUUCGUGUGGCGGGUAUUGGGUUGUCCUGCCCAAAGGCGCCAUGGCGGGUUGA